GCCCUCCAAUACGUAAGGGACAACGUCUUUACUGCCUCCUCAGGAAGCAGAAGCCAAGAGGGCGUCCCUCAGAUGCUGAUACUUCUGAGUGGGGGAAGGUCCAGUGAUAAUGUUGACAUACCAGCUUCUGCCCUGAAAAAGAGUGGGGUCUUGAUCUUUGGCAUUGGAACCAGAAAUUCCAGCAGAGAGGUUCAAAGGAUUGCCACUGAUCCUAGUUUUUCCCAGUCUGUUUCUGAAUUCACUGACCUCCCCAGCAUCCAGGAGCAGUUUUUCUCCACACUCAUAACUGUAAAAGUUGAGGCUACACCCAUAACCCCAACAGUCAUAGUGGACCAAAGCAUUGCCAGAAAGGAUGUAGUAUUCCUGCUGGAUGGUUCUGAUGGCACUAAGAAUGGCUUCCCAGCAAUGCGUGACUUUGUUCAAAGAGUGGUAGAGAAACUCACUGUGGAGGAAAACAGAGAUCGAGUCUCUGUGGUCCAGUAUAGCAGAGAAUCAGAGGCCCACUUCUAUCUGAACACUUAUACAACAAAGGAAGACGUUAUGGAGACCGUAAGAGGCCUGAGGCACAAAGGAGGGAGACCCCUCAACACUGGGGCAGCUCUCCAGUAUGUCAGGGACAAUGUCUUUAUUGCCUCCUCCGGAAGUAGGCGCCUUGAAGGUGUUCCACAGAUUCUGAUACUUUUGAAUGGUGGAAGGUCCUUUGACAAUGUAGAUACACCAGCGUCUGCUCUCAAGGAGCUUGGUGUCUUGGUGUUUGGAAUUGGAACAAGGAGCUCUGAUAGCAGAGAAUUACAAAAGAUAUCCUAUGACCCCAGCUAUGCUCUUUCCGUGUCUGAAUUUACUGACCUCCCCAAUGUCCAACAGCAGCUUAUUUCUGCUAUAAGCACUGUCAUUGUACAGGUGACAACCAUGACACCAACAGUAAUACCAACAAUACUAGUUGAGAGUCAGGCUCCCAGGAGGGAUGUCGUGUUCUUGCUGGAUGGAUCUGAUGGCACUAGGAGUGGAUUCCCAGCAAUGCGGGACUUUGUUCAAAGAGUGGUGGAGACACUCGGUGUGGAUGAGAACAAAGAUCGCGUUGCUGUGGUCCAGUACAGUAGAGAUCCAGCUGCCCAAUUCUAUCUGAACACCUACACAACAAAAGGAGAGAUUCUCAACACUGUAAGAGGUCUGAGACACAAAGGUGGGAGACCUCUCAACACUGGAGCAGCUCUCCAGUACGUGAGAGACAAUGUCUUUACUGCCUCCUCCGGAAGUCGACGCUUUGAAGGUGUUCCACAGUUACUGAUUCUGCUGAGUGGUGGAAGGUCCUUUGACAAUGUUGACACUCCAGCUUCUGCUCUGAAGGAGCUUGGGGUCUUGAUCUUUGGAAUUGGAACAAGGAGUUCUGAUAGCAGAGAAUUGCAGAGGAUAUCACAUGAUCCCAGUUACGCUCUGUCUGUCUCUGACUUCACUGACCUUCCAAACAUCCAGCAGCAACUUCUGUCCUCGGUGGAGGCAGUUGUUAUUGACGUUACUCCAGAAUCGCCAACAGUUUUAGUUGAUCAUGACACCUCCAGAAAGGAUGUGGUAUUUCUUGUGGAUGGUUCUGAUGGCGCAAGGAAUGGAUUCCCAGCAAUGCGUGAUUUUGUUCAGAGAGUAGUGGGGAAACUCAAUGUGGGAGGAGACAAAGACCGCGUUUCUGUUGUCCAGUACGGUAGAGAUCAAGAAGUUAAUUUCUAUCUGAACACAUACACCACCAAGGAGGACAUUCUUGACACUGUCAGAAGUCUGAGGCACAGAGGAGGUAGACCCCUUAACACUGGGGCAGCCCUCCAAUACGUAAGGGACAACGUCUUUACUGCCUCCUCAGGAAGCAGAAGCCAAGAGGGCGUCCCUCAGAUGCUGAUACUUCUGAGUGGGGGAAGGUCCAGUGAUAAUGUUGACAUACCUGCUUCUGCCCUGAAAAAGAGUGGGGUCUUGAUCUUUGGCAUUGGAACCAGAAAUUCCAGCAGAGAGGUUCAAAGGAUUGCCACUGAUCCUAGUUUUUCCCAGUCUGUUUCUGAAUUCACUGACCUCCCCAGCAUCCAGGAGCAGUUUUUCUCCACACUCAUAACUGUACAAAGUUGA